AUGACGCGCGGACUUGUCUCCGCACGGAGCUUCUCCAGCUCGGCAUUCAUGAGAAACGUCGCCACCUCGUCGCUGCCCGCUAAGAAGCCCGUUGGGGCAUUCCGUGGAGGACUGGUUGGGUUUCUCGCCGGUUCCCUCACUGCCGGCGCUUCCGUGUACUAUUACAUCCUGGGAGAAUACCGCGUGUCGAACGAGAUGUUGACUGAAGAUAUAAGUGCACUCCAAUCCGCUACGCAUAGACUGCAGAAAUACAUCGGAGAGCUGGAAUCGAAAGUCGACCAGCUCAGGAAGAAAUGA